AUGCUAAAGAUAUACGACGGCUUCAGCCUUACCCUCAUCUUGUGGCUGGAUGGUGCAGACUAUUUCUCGAACGCGGCCAACCGCAAGGGCGAUCUAUUACGUCUGAACGAUGAUGCUCCACUCCGUCCGCCGAGCGCGCGAGACUUGUCGGGUGUUGGAAACAAGGACACAAUAUCGAAGGAUAAUACUUGCGGUGCCGAGGCGAGGACAGCCAACCUCUUGGAAUACAUGGGGCGCAAAGUUUGCAAGAUAUCAGGCGAGGAAGAGCGGCCAGGAGCAUUGGGCAUAUCCAUAUUGGGUAGACGGCAGGAGGAAUCGCUCGCGCCCCACCAUCAAUAUCCCCUGGCUUCGACGACAGUCCAUGAAUCAGACGGCGAGGCACAACAGCACAUGCGACAACAACAAAUGAAACAACAGCGCCUCCAGGCACUGCAACAGCAGCAGAGACAAAUGAUGGCGCAGGAGAUGUAUGGUGACAUGCCCGGUGGUAUACAGACGGUGGGCAAUACUACGCAGAUAGAUCCUGCGAAGAUGUCCCAGGUACAAAUGAUGCAACACAUGCAACGACUGCAAGACGAACAUAGACAGAUGAUGGCGCAGAGAAUGCAGGGUGAUAUACCAGGAGGCAUGAAGAAGACGGGCAAGAUGCAGAUAAAUCCUGCGAAGAUAGCAGAGUUCCAGGCAGUGCAGCAGAGGCAAUUGGCAGCCGUCAGCAGCACACGCGACUCCACCAUGAACAGCAGGUGUGCCUCCACCCGAGCGCUCUUAAAAGCACGACAGCAGCAGCCGACAGGCCAGCAGGUGGCUCAGGGGCAGUAUCUGAGCCAGAAGAUACCGCAAAAUCAAUUUGGACAGCAGGCUCAACUGCAGCAGAGAGUUGCCCUACAAACGCAAGAUCCGAUCUCGAUGUUGAGUAACAAGUUAUUCCAGGAGAACCUGGCCGGCUGGUUACAGCAGCAACAUCUGAGGCAAGAGACGUGCCCACCAGAGUUACUGGAGAAGUUUAAAGCACAAUGCUUAAGCUCGGCCAGGCAGAAGGCCAUGCAGCUGAGGCAGCAACAGCAACAGGCUUUGGCUAUGCAGCGGAAGCGGCAGCAGGCCAUACAAGGCCAAAUGGGCAGUCAAGGGUCUCCUAUUAUGACCGCGUGUCUUUUCGGAUCAUGA